CAAGUGAUCCACACGAGCACAGCAUCGCCGCGCGGCUUCCGGUGGCGCAAAGAAGAGCAAAGCCGACAAACACGCACUUUUUGUAUUGAUUUAUUUAGUGCAGCCAGGACUGGUGGAGUAACUCCUGCACCCUGACGGAGGUCUGAGCGCGUCAUGGCCGGCAAAGACUCAACGACGUCGGCUUUCGUCAGCGUCAGCAGGGACAUGACAGAGAGCAUCAGGAAGGUGCUGGACAAGCAGGCCAUUAAGUUUGUGCGCGCCAUCAAGCAGGACGCCAGGAGCGGUAAAUCAGAAGACCGGAUCCUGGUCCUGGCCACAUGGAGACUCUAUCUCCUUGCUGUCAAAGUGCCCACUAAGGUGGAAGUCUCGUUCAACUUCCUGGAGAUCCGGGCGAUGAACACGUAUCAAGAGCAUCAGGUUGUUAUCGACACGGACAAGACCACCUACUCGCUGAGGCUGGAGACCCAGGACCAUUUGGAGCACGUGGUCGGUCACAUCAACUACGCCCUGGCCAGGGUCUUCAACAACUCCAUUUAUGCUCCGCCAAUUUGUCGGGCAGACGGUGACAUGAGUGAUGGAGUCCACACCUUUUCGCCGGGCUCGGAAUCACCGUUGGACCCCCAGAAGACCUGCGGAGGUUUUUCUGAGACUUAUGCGGCGCUCUGUGACUACAAUGGCAUCGGCUGCAAAGAGGAGGUGCAGUGGGAUGUAGACACCAUCUACCACUCUCAGGACAACCGGGAAUUCAACCUAAUGGAUUUCAGCCAUCUUGACAGCAGGGAUCUGGCUGUGAUUGUGGCAUCUAUAGCGUACAACACCUGGUUCACCAAGCUGUACUGCAAAGACAUGCGCAUUGGGUCAGAGGUGGUGGACCAGGUCCUGCACACAGUCAGCAAGUCCAACAGUCUGGAGGAACUCACUCUGGAAAAUACCGGACUGAAGUCGGAUUUCCCGCAGAAAAUGGCGUCGGCACUAUCCGAGAACCCGGGCUCCAUGAUCCACUCCCUCAACUUGGCUCACAACGCGCUCGACAACCAAGGAGUUUCCAACCUGAUUCAACAAGUAUGUCGGCUCAACAAGGGAUUACGCCACCUGAACCUCUCCAAGACCUCCUUGUCCUCCAAAGGUGUGGUGUCCCUGUCCCAGGCUUUGUGCUCCAGUGACGACUACUCCAACUCCCUGCUGCACCUGGACCUCAGUAAAAACCCCGGGGUUCUGUCCGGGGAGGACGCCACGAAUCUCUACCUGUUCCUGGCCCAGCCCAACUGCCUGGUCCACUUGGACCUGUCUGGGACGGACUGCACCGUGGACUCGUUGUUUGGUGCCUUGCUCAGAGGCUGCUGUGCUGACCUUUCCUACCUCAACUUGUCCAAGAACUGCUUCUCGCACAGGAAAGCCAGAGAUUCGCUGCCAACUUUUCGCCAGUUCUUCAGCUCAGCAUUCAGCUUGACUCACGUCAGCCUCGCUUCCAUGAAGGUUCCUCCCGACUGGCUGAGGGCUCUGUUCUUAGGCCUGUCCAACAACCCUCAUAUCAGCGAUCUGCAGUUGGACAUCAGCGGCUGUGAGUUGAGGUCUGCAGGCGCCGGUGUUAUCCAAGAACUUUUUCCAAGAGUUUCCUGUGUUGGGACUUUGGAUAUCUCAGACAAUGGCUUGGAUUCCGACCUGCUUGCCGUCCUCCCUGCGUUCUCCAGACACCCCUCCCUCAAACACCUGAUGCUGGGGAGGAACUUUAACGCCAAGGGCAGGGCGCUGGAUGAAAUGCUGCAGAAACUAGUUCAUUUGGUGCAAGAGGAGGAGUGUGUUUUGCAGUCUCUCUCCUUGGCUGACUCCAGGCUCCGCCAGAGGGGUACCGUGGUGGUCAACGCCCUGGGCUCCAACACAUGCCUGCGGAAGGUGGACUUGAGCGGCAACGGCCUGGAAGAUUCCGGAGCCAAAAUGCUCAGCAAAGCUCUGCAAAUUAACACCACGCUCAGGAGCGUCACGUGGGAUCGCAACAACACCACGGCGACGGGCUUGCAGGAUGUGGCGAGAGCGUUGGAGCACAACUUUACUCUGCAGUACAUGCCCCUCCCCCUCAGCGACGUCACCCAGGCGUACCGCAGCGCCCCCGAGAGGACGGACCAAGCUCUGACCAAGAUCCAGCGCGCCCUGCUCCGGAACAACCAGACCCAGCGCUUCUCCCGAGCAGGUCUCGGCAGGAACCACCAGGGCCUGGUCACCAGCACCGCCGAGCAGGUGAUGGAGCGGCUGUGCGUGCGGGUGCAGCAGCAGAUCGGUGUGCUGAAAGGCUCGGAGGACGCCGAGGAAGUGCAGACCGCCAAACAGAUCCUGAAGGAAGCCAGGAAUUCUCGAGCUCUGUAUCCAUCCUUGUGUGAGUUGGCCCACGUCUUGUCGGUGGACGGCCCCAUCAGGCAGCGCCUGGACACUUUGGUCGGGGAGCUGGCGAAGGCUGCUGACAAAGAGCUGCAGGUACAAUCCCAAAGACGUGCAAAGUACCAGCCAAUCUGA